UAUUAGCACAGCAUGAGCAUUUCCCUUUUUACUGGAGGAGACAAGAUUUGUUCCACGGCUUGGUGAAGCUUCAGAGGGAAAAAAGUUUGAGGACACUGAUAGUUUCAAGAUAUUUUUGUGAUUGAAAUUUCAGCAACACAAUGAGCUUCCGAGGGAAGGUUUUUAAACGGGAGCCCAGUGAAUUCAGGAAGAAGAGACGGACAGUGAAGAGAGUAAAUCCAGAAGAAAUCCACAGAUUUAGUUCUCAGGAAAAGCCUAGGCUUCUUGAGCCUUUGGAUUAUGAAAUCGUCAUUGAAGAACUUGAAAAGACUCACCGGAACGAUCCUCUUCAAGACCUCCUGUUCUUCCCCAGUGAUGACUUCUCAACAGCCACAGUGUCUUGGGAUAUCCGAACAUUGUACUCAACAGUGCCUGAAGAUGCAGAGCACAGGGCAGAAAAUUUGCUGGUGAAAGAGGCUUGUAAAUUCUAUAGUUCCCAGUGGUAUGUGGUAAACUACAAAUAUGAGCAAUAUUCUGGAGACAUUCGACAGUUACCCAGAGCAGAAUACAAACCAGAGAAACUUCCCUCACAUUCCUUUGAAGUUGACCAUGAAGACGCCGAUAAGGAUGAGGACACCACUUCCCACUCGUCUUCCAAGGGCGGUGGGGGAGCCGGAGGGUCUGGCGUUUUCAAGUCUGGCUGGCUCUACAAGGGGAAUUUCAACAGCACCGUGAACAACACCGUCACUGUUCGGUCAUUCAAAAAGCGUUACUUCCAGCUGACUCAGUUGCCAGAUAAUUCCUACAUUAUGAAUUUUUACAAAGAUGAAAAAAUAUCCAAAGAACCCAAAGGCUGCAUCUUUUUGGAUUCCUGUACAGGUGUGGUACAGAAUAACAGACUGAGAAAAUAUGCCUUUGAAUUGAAAAUGAACGACCUGACCUAUUUUGUGCUGGCAGCUGAAACAGAGUCGGAUAUGGACGAGUGGAUCCACACCCUCAACCGCAUCUUGCAGAUCAGUCCCGAGGGGCCCCUGCAGGGAAGGAGAAGCAUGGAGCUCACUGAACUGGGGCUGGAUCCGCUGGAUAAUUCUAUACCUUGUGAAUGCACCACGGAAGAAACAGACUCUUCGGAGAACAGCCUACACCCAGACUUCGCAAAAUACCUCACAGAAACGGAAGAUAGUGUCAAGGCAACUCGAAACAUGGAGAGGCUGAAUCUGUUCUCGCUGGAUCCGGAUAUAGAUACCUUGAAACUUCAAAAAAAGGAUCUUUUAGAACCUGAUUUUGUGAUCAAACCCUUUGAAGAAAAAGCUGCCAAGAGAAUCAUGAUCGUUUGUAGAGCUCUCAACUUAAAUCUUCAGGGAUGUGUUACAGAGAAUGAAAAUGACCCAGUCACAAAUAUUGAGCCUUUUUUUGUGAGUGUGGCACUUUAUGACCUCAGAGACAGCAGGAAGAUUUCUGCCGAUUUUCAUGUGGAUUUAAACCACGCUGCUGUCAGACAGAUGCUCCCGGGGGCUCCCAUGGCUUUGGAAAAUGGCAAUAUUGACACCAUCACCCCAAGACAAUCAGAAGAACCUCAUAUCAAGGGCCUUCCAGAGGAAUGGCUAAAGUUUCCAAAGCAGGCUAUAUUUUCUGUAAGUGAUCCACAUUCUGAAAUUGUUUUGGUGGCCAAAAUCGAAAAAGUCCUGACGGGAAACAUUGCAAGUGGGGCUGAACCUUAUAUUAAGAAUCCAGACUCCAACAAGUUUGCACAAAAGAUACUGAAAUCCAACAGGCAGUUCUGCAGCAGAUUGGGGAAAUACCGCAUGCCAUUUGCUUGGGCUGUGAGGUCAGUAUUUAAAGACAACCAGGGAAAUGUGGACAGAGACUCAAGAUUUUCACCAUUGUAUAGACAAGAAAGUAGCAAGAUUGCAACUGAGGACCUCCUAAAACUGGUGUCAGACUACAGACGAGCUGACCGAAUCAGCAAAAUGCAGAUCAUUCCUGGGAGCCUGGAUAUCGUUGUGGACAACGUUCCUUUGGAUCAUCCAAACUGUGUAACAUCGUCCUUUAUCCCUGUCAAGCCUUUCAACAUGAUGGCUCAAUCAGAACCCACAGUGGAGGUGGAAGAAUUUAUUUAUGACUCAACCAAGCACUGCCGUCCUUACAGAGUGUACAAAAAUCAAAUUUACAUUUACCCCAAACACCUCAAAUACGACAGCCAGAAAUGUUUCAACAAGGCACGAAAUAUAACCGUGUGCAUUGAAUUCAAAAAUUCCGACAAAGAAGGUGCCAAGCCUGUGAAGUGCAUAUAUGGAAAACCUGGAGGGCCCCUCUUCACCUCAGCCACCUACACAGCAGUUCUGCACCACGCCCAGAACCCGGAUUUCUCCGAUGAGGUGAAAAUUGAGCUACCAACACAACUGCAUGAGAAACACCAUAUUUUGUUUUCUUUUUAUCAUGUCACAUGUGACAUCAAUGCCAAAGCCAAUGCCAAAAAGAAGGAGGCUCUGGAAACAUCAGUUGGAUAUGCUUGGCUUCCUCUGAUGAAACACAAUCAAAUUGCCUCUCAAGAGUAUAAUAUCCCAAUAGCAACAAGUCUGCCUCCUAAUUAUUUAAGCACUCAAGAUCCUGCAAGUGGAAAGCAUGGUGGGAGUGACAUUAAAUGGGUCGAUGGUGGUAAGCCGCUCUUCAAAGUGGCCACUUUUGUUGUAUCAACAGUGAACACUCAGGAUCCACACGUGAACGCGUUUUUCCAACAGUGCCAAAAGAGAGAGAAAGACAUGUCUCAGUCACCUACCUCGAAUUUCGUCCGCUCUUGUAAGAAUUUGUUGAACGUGGACAAGAUUCAUGCAAUCAUGAGUUUUCUGCCUAUAAUCUUGAACCAGCUCUUCAAAGUUUUGGUACAAAAUGAGGAAGAUGAAAUAAGUGCAACCGUCACCAGGGUUCUGACCAACAUUGUGGGCAAAUGUCAUGAGGAGCAGCUGGACCACUCCGUCCAGGCAUACAUUAAGUUUGUGUUCAAGACCAGCACAUACAAGGAGAGAACCAUACAUGAAGAACUGGUUAAAAAUGUGACUGGUCUCCUGAAAUCAAAUGACUCGACAACAGUAAAGCACGUCCUAAAGCAUUCCUGGUUCUUUUUUGCAAUUAUCCUAAAAUCAAUGGCACAGCACCUGAUCGACACAAAUAAAAUUCAGCUUCCCCGGGCUCAAAGAUUUCCUGAAUCUUACCAAAAUGAAUUGGACAAUCUUGUGAUGGUUCUGUGUGAUCACGUGACUUGGAAAUACAAGGAAGCACUUGAAGAAACAAAAAGGGCAAACCACAGUGUUGCCAGAUUCCUUAAGCGCUGCUUUACAUUCAUGGACCGAGGAUUUGUGUUUAGGAUAGUUAACAAUUACAUCAGCAUGUUUUCCUCCGGGGAUCUGAAGACCUUAUGCCAGUAUAAAUUUGAUUUUAUCCAAGAAGUAUGUCAACAUGAGCACUUUAUCCCUUUGUGUCUCCCCAUAAGAUCAGCAAACAUUCCAGAUCCUUUGACACCUUCAGAAUCAAUUCAAGAGUUACAUGCCUCAGACAUGCCUGAAUAUUCUGUCACGAAUGAAUUUUGCCGCAAACAUUUCCUAAUUGGAAUUUUGCUCCGAGAAGUCGGCUUUGCCCUGCAGGAAGACCAAGAUAUCAGGCACUUAGCUUUAGCUGUCCUAAAAAAUCUAAUGGCUAAGCAUUCAUUUGAUGAUCGAUACAGAGAAACAAGAAAGCAGGCCCAGAUAGCGAGUUUAUACAUGCCCCUCUAUGGCAUGCUUCUGGACAAUAUGCCAAGGAUUUACCUGAAGGACCUGUAUCCUUUCACAGUCAAUACGUCUAAUCAGGGGUCAAGAGAUGACCUAAGCACCAAUGGAGGAUUUCAAAUCCAGACAUCUAUGAAACAUGCAACCUCUGUAGAUACAUCAUUUUCUAAGGAUGUUUUAAAUUCCAUAGCAGCAUUUUCAUCAAUAGCUAUUUCUACAGUGAACCAUGCUGAUUCCAGAGCAUCUUUAGCGAGUCUUGACUCCAAUCCAAGUACCAACGAGAAGAGCAGUGAGAAAACUGACAACUGUGAGAAGAUCCCGAGACCUCUGUCUUUGAUUGGGUCAACUCUUCGAUUUGACAAGUUAGAUCAAGCAGAAACCAGGAGUCUGCUCAUGUGCUUUCUUCACAUUAUGAAAACAAUUUCAGAUGAGACUCUGAUCGCCUACUGGCAGAGAGCACCCAGUCCUGAGGUGUCCGACUUCUUCAGCAUCUUGGAUGUUUGUCUUCAAAAUUUCAGAUACCUAGGAAAACGCAAUAUAAUAAGAAAAAUUGCUGCUGCAUUUAAAUUCGUGCAGUCCACCCAGAACAAUGGAACUCUCAAAGGAUCCAACCCUUCCUGCCAGACAUCAGGUCUCUUGUCACAAUGGAUGCACACCACUUCCGGUCACGAAGGCCAUAAGCAGCACAGAUCACAGACCUUACCUAUAAUCCGAGGCAAAAAUGCACUUUCUAACCCCAAACUGUUGCAGAUGCUAGACAAUACCAUGACCAGCAACUCCAAUGAAAUAGACAUUGUACACCAUGUGGAUACGGAGGCCAAUAUAGCAACAGAGGUUUGCCUCACUAUUCUAGACCUGCUGUCCCUCUUCUGUCAGGUUCACCAGAGACAGCUGCAACAAUCUGACUGUCAAAAUUCAUUGAUGAAAAGGGUCUUUGAUACCUACAUGCUCUUUUUCCAAGUCAACCAGUCGGCCACGGCACUGAAGCAUGUGUUUGCCUCUUUGAGGUUGUUUGUGUGCAAGUUUCCCUCAGCAUUCUUUCAAGGACCCGCUGACCUCUGUGGGUCAUUCUGCUAUGAAGUCCUGAAAUGUUGUAACCACAGGUCACGAUCAACUCAGAUGGAAGCCUCAGCUCUUCUGUACUUCUUCAUGAGAAAGAAUUUUGAAUUUAACAAGCAGAAGUCAAUUGUCCGGUCUCACUUACAACUCAUCAAAGCCGUAAGCCAGUUAAUAGCUGACGCGGGGAUUGGAGGCUUUCGCUUUCAGCACUCCCUGGCAAUCACCAAUAACUUUGCCAAUGGAGACAAGCAAAUGAAAAAUAGCAAUUUCCCGGCAGAAGUGAAAGACCUGACUAAAAGAAUCAGGACCGUUCUGAUGGCCACAGCUCAGAUGAAGGAACAUGAGAAGGACCCUGAGAUGCUAGUGGACCUUCAGUACAGCCUGGCAAACUCCUAUGCGAGCACCCCCGAACUGCGGAGGACCUGGCUGGAGAGUAUGGCCAAGAUCCACGCCAGAAAUGGAGACUUAUCCGAGGCUGCUAUGUGUUACAUCCAUAUAGCUGCCCUCAUUGCUGAAUACCUGAAAAGAAAGGGUUACUGGAAAAUGGAAAAGACUCACACACCAUCCCUGCUCCCGGAGGACACCCACCCCUGUGAUAGCAACCCAUUACUAACAACUCCGGGUGGAGGAAGCAUGUUCUCCAUGGGAUGGCCAGCUUUUCUAAGCAUUACACCAAAUAUUAAAGAAGAAGGAGCCAUGAAAGAAGAUUCAGGGAUGCAAGACACACCAUACAAUGAGAAUAUUCUGGUGGAGCAGCUGUACAUGUGUGUGGAGUUCCUCUGGAAGUCGGAGCGAUACGAACUCAUCGCUGAUGUCAACAAGCCUAUCAUUGCCGUUUUUGAGAAGCAACGAGACUUCAAAAAACUGUCAGAUCUCUACUAUGACAUUCAUCGGUCAUACCUAAAAGUGGCAGAGGUGGUGAAUUCAGAGAAGCGGCUAUUUGGUCGCUACUAUCGUGUGGCAUUUUAUGGGCAGGGUUUCUUUGAAGAGGAAGAAGGCAAAGAGUACAUUUAUAAAGAGCCUAAGUUGACAGGUCUCUCUGAGAUUUCUCAAAGGCUACUCAAACUCUAUGCAGAUAAGUUCGGAGUGGACAAUGUGAAGAUAAUCCAGGAUUCCAACAAGGUCAACCCCAAGGAUUUGGACCCCAAAUACGCCUACAUCCAGGUGACCUAUGUCACACCGUUCUUUGAGGAAAAGGAAAUAGAGGACCGGAAGACAGAUUUUGAAAUGCACCACAACAUCAACCGCUUUGUCUUCGAGACGCCCUUCACGCUGUCGGGCAAGAAGCAUGGCGGGGUGGCGGAGCAGUGCAAGCGGAGGACGGUCCUGACAACAAGUCACCUGUUCCCCUAUGUGAAGAAGAGGAUCCAGGUCAUAAGCCAGUCAAGCACAGAGCUGAACCCUAUUGAAGUGGCCAUCGAUGAGAUGUCCAAGAAGGUCUCCGAGCUCAACCAGCUCUGCACAAUGGACGAGGUGGACAUGAUUCGACUGCAGCUCAAGCUCCAGGGGAGUGUCAGUGUGAAGGUCAAUGCCGGCCCCAUGGCCUACGCACGAGCUUUUCUGGAAGAAACAAAUGCAAAGAAAUACCCAGACAACCAAGUAAAGCUUCUGAAGGAAAUCUUCAGGCAAUUUGCCGACGCCUGUGGGCAGGCCCUGGACGUGAACGAGCGCCUCAUCAAGGAGGACCAGCUGGAAUACCAAGAAGAGCUGCGGUCCCACUACAAGGACAUGCUCGGUGAACUCUCCGCGGUCAUGAAUGAGCAGCUCUGCCGAGGUCCGUGUUUGUACAGCUUCUGUUCUUCUGUGUCUAGUAUUUCCCUCAGUACCAUAAGCAAGAGUGAUUACGGGCAGGGACGACCCAGCAAGGCCCGCAGUGGAGCGAACCUGCACUCGUGUAAUUAACAAGGCGGCUACGGCUCCGCCCACCGUGUCUAUUUCAUCCAGCGCGGAAGUUUGAGAGAAGCUCGGACGCCUCCUAGAACCUCUCAGAGAACUCUCUGAAUUUGCAGCUAAUCUCGGGGAAGAGAAAGAUAGAUUUAAUUUAUUUCAAGUUUGUAUGGUGUUAAUAUUUUUGUUUACCUCGCCAGCUUGAGAAUUUUGCCAGCCUCUGAAUUUGCACAUUUCCUACGAUUUUUUUUUUGUCUUUCUUUGAGCGGUAUUGAUCAAGCCAACCUGAAUAUUUGCCAUGAAAUCUCAAUGAAUGUGUAGCUCAAAAGCAAACUCUUGGUUUGCUGUCAGUGAUAAUACGUUCAAUACCCAGCCCUAGCACACAUAUUUUAAAGGUCAAAGCGAAUGUUUUUGUAACAUUUAAGCGUAUUUCAGAUGUAAAUAGAAGAUUGUAAAAUAUAUGGUUUUUACCAAAUUUAAAAGAACGUUUUUAGUUAUUACUUAUGACAGUACUAAAAUUAUAUGAAUAACAUUUCAGAUACCGUUAUAUUAAAAUAUUUCUGUAUGUGUAAAAAAGUGUUGAUAAAUACUAAUCUUUAAAAUUUGUGGAGUUUCUUUAUUUGUAAUAUAUGUGUUCUUAAAGGCAAUGGGAUGUGAAAUUAUAGAAGUAUUUUGUUGUUAAUAGAAAUAAAAUACAGUCACUUUGCA